UGCUCUCUCUCUCUCUCUCUCUCUCUCAUGCAAAAGGAAAAGAAGGGGAGAGAACGAAACAAAAGAGAACAAAUAAAAACAACUCUCUCUCUCUCUCUCUCUCUCUCUCCCCCCUUCCGUUGGUUGAAUGGCGAUGGAAGAUACCGAGAGCUGCAGCAGCAGAUCCGUGGAUUCGUCUCCGACGCACCCGCGGCAGCAGCAGCAGCUGCGGCAGAAGCUCGAUGUCUACAACGAGGUCCUGCGCCGCCUCAAAGAUUCCGAAAUCGAGGAGGCCCACCUCCCCGGCUUCGACGACGAACUUUGGGCCCAUUUCAAUCGCCUUCCUCCGAGGUAUGCGUUGGAUGUUAAUGUGGAGAGGGCGGAAGAUGUUCUCACACACAAAAGGUUACUGCAAUUGGCUCAUGACCCUGAAAAUCGACCAGUUUUCGAAGUUCGUGUUGUUCAGGUCCCUCCUGUGACUGAUGGAAAUCCGGUUGAUUCUUUUCCCUCAAACUCUUCAAGUAAAGAAGACGGUCAAAGUUCUUCGAGUAACUUUAGCAAACAGAGCAUUCAUCCGCCUCCUGCCUUUGGUUCUUCUCCUAAUCUUGAAGCCCUUGCUCUUGAAGUCAACAAGCCAAAUGUUCAGGAUGGCGAUAGUGUUGUGAAUGCCAAUCCACUCUUUCCUAGGUCCAUGCAUGAAAUAACCUUUUCAACAGAUGAUAAGCCAAAGCUCCUCAGUCAGUUGACUGCUUUGCUUGCUGAGAUUGGUCUGAAUAUCCAAGAGGCACAUGCUUUUUCUACAGUGGAUGGCUACUCACUAGAUGUCUUUGUUGUUGAUGGUUGGCCAUAUGAGGAAACUGAGCAGCUUAGACAUGCACUGGAAAAGGAAAUUCUAAAGAUUGAGAAGCAAGCUUGGUCAAAGCCUCGUUCAUUGCCUGCUAUUUCCAAUAAUGUGCAAACCAGCAUGGAAUCUGUUCCUGAACAUGUUAAAAUACCUACAGAUGGGACUGAUGUUUGGGAAAUCGAUGUCAGGUUGUUGAAAUUUGAAAAUAAAGUGGCAUCUGGGUCGUUUGGUGAUCUAUACAGAGGAACCUAUUGUAGUCAGGACGUGGCCAUUAAAGUCCUCAAACCUGAGCGUGUGAAUGUGGAUAUGCAGCGAGAAUUUGCCCAAGAGGUCUAUAUUAUGAGAAAGGUUCGUCACAAGAAUGUUGUACAAUUCAUUGGCGCAUGCACCAUGCCUCCAACCUUAUGCAUUGUGACAGAGUACAUGUCUGGUGGGAGUGUAUAUGAUUUCCUGCAUAAACAAAAAGGUGUUUUUAAACUUCCAUCCAUAAUCAGAGUAGCAAUUGAUGUUUCUAAGGGCAUGAACUACUUGCACCAGAAUAAUAUAAUACACAGGGACCUGAAAGCUGCCAAUCUUCUAAUGGAUGAAAAUGAGGUUGUCAAAGUUGCUGAUUUCGGAGUUGCCAGGGUGCAAGCUCAGUCUGGAGUUAUGACUGCAGAAACUGGAACAUAUCGUUGGAUGGCUCCUGAGGUAAUAGAACACAAGCCCUAUGAUCACAAGGCAGAUGUUUUCAGUUUCGGAAUUGUUCUGUGGGAGCUACUCACGGGAAAGAUUCCCUACGAGUACUUGACCCCACUACAAGCAGCUGUAGGCGUGGUUCAAAAGCCUUGGGCGUCAGCAAUUUCACUUCAAGGCCAUGCACCAGCAAGGGAAAUGAAGAUGGAGAAGAAGACGAAGAGUCGACUUAAGAAAUGGGGCCUACGACCUACAGUUCCGAAGCACACUCAUCCAAAGGUUAACGAACUGCUUGAAAGAUGCUGGCAGCAAGACCCUACUUUAAGACCUGACUUCUCUGAAAUUAUAGAGAUCCUACAGCUUAUUGCCAAGGAGGUUGGAGAUGAGGGAGAGGAACGACGCAAGGAGAAGUCAUCAGGUGGUUUCCUUUCAGUCCUUAGGCGCGGCCACUGAAGGAAGAAUUUCUGUUUAUAGUGUGUAUGCAUGCUCUCAUCUAUGGGCCAUUUCCCAUCUAAGGUACACUUAAUCUGUAGUGUACAGUGGUUGGUUCCCUAAAUUUAGGUGGGUUUUUUUUUUUUUUUUUUUAAAUGCUUUUCAUCUCACCCAUCUCUUUUUCAACCUUGUUCAUCUACCAAUCAUUUAUGUAUGUGGGUGGACAUGUGAUGUAACAUAGUGAAGGAAUUCAUACUGGGCCACAGUUACUGAUCAAAUUUUUUUAACCAGUUGAUUAUUCACUUUUUAUA